CUUCUGUAAGGGAUGAUGAUAGACAGCCAUACCAUCGAUCGCCUUCUGCAAGGUAUGACGAAGCUGACCCGCGUGGACGUCGCGGCGCUUCACGAUUUCCGGAUGACGAAGCUGACCCUCAUGAGCAUCGCGCCGCGUCGCGAGUUCCGGGUGACGAAGGUGAACCCCACAGAAGUCGCGCUGCUUCGCAAGUUCCGGAUGACGAAGCUGAUCCCCGUGGACGUCGCACUCCUGCGCGAGUUGCAUAUGACGAAGCUGACCCUCAUGAACAUCGUGCCGCUUCGCGAGUUCCGGGUGACGAAGGUGAACCCCACAGAAGUCGCGCUGCUUCGCAAGUUCCGGAUGACGAAGCUGACCCCCAUGGACAUCGCACUCCUACGCGAAUUCCAUAUGACGAAGCUGACCCAUCUAGAUAUGGCGCUCCUUCGCGUUUUCCCUCACGCACGGGAUCGCACGCGGGAGGUAUGCCAGCCGCUAUUCUGGAAGAUGAUGGCAACCGGAAUGAGAGCGAGAUGGUCCACGUCUUACCACCAGGUAGCCAUGUUCCCCCGCCAGGUCAUGAUCCUCAGGUACACUUUGACCCAGCCACUGCUGAGUUUGAUGAUGCCAUUAAUCGGCGGCACGAGCGAUUGGACGAAGCAGAACGCGAACUCAACCAGGUCGUUCAGGAUGCUCAUGAAGCUGAAAACCGUCGUGAAGCAGAGUUCCGACACAAUGAAGAAGAAAGAGAGCACAUCUUCCUCCAAAACGAAGAUCGGCGUGAGGCUGAGGCAAGACAACGCGGUGAUGAGCUAUUCGCUCAACUGGAAGAGAGGGCCCACAGUGUACCCCCUCUACCGGUCCCUCCUCCACCUGGAUCUGGGGAUAAUGCUUCCAUCAUUGAAUCAAUUCACGCAGCUUCUCAUGAGGCGGCUUCUCGCCAUGCUUCUGACAUUUUGGAUACGGUUCGACUUGAGCGCGAGCAGUUUGCUCGCGAAAGGGAAUCUUUUGCAUCUGAGAGGGAUCAGGAACGUGCUGAAUUUGCCGCCGAGCGUGCUCGCAUGGAUGAAGAGCGCGAACGAAGGGUCCAUGACCUGGAAGAAGAGCUCGCACGCGUUCGUGGGGAGCUUGAUGGCGAAAGACAGCUACGACAGACUGAGAAUGAGGAACGGGCAGCUGCCAAUGAACGUGACGAAGCCAUGCGCGCCCAAUUGGGUGAUAUCACACAGUUGGUUUCGGAACAACGUGAUGAGUGUACCAGGAAGAGGGAGCUCAUGGAUCAGCGGUGGGAAGAAAAGCAGGGCAGGCGUGCUGAAAAAGACGCGCAAUUCCAUGAACUGAAGGAUAUGGUCUCCAGGCUCAUCCAAGACCGCGAGGCGGAUCGAAUUCAAGAAGAAGAGCACAGGCUACGGGAGGAGGGUAAGCCGGAUAUUCAAGUGGUGCUCGACGAGCUCACCCGGCAAAAUAACGAAAUGCGAGAGGCGCUUCGGGCUCUUUCUGAGGACUGGCGAGCUGAAGGUGAGCGGCGGCAUGAAGACACCCUUGAAGCCGUCCGUGCUACCGCCCGGGAGCAGGUUCCAUUCAAUGUGCAAGUGUAUCUUGACGAAUUUAGCAAAGCACUUGCGACUGAGGUCCGGAUGCUCCUUGGAGAAGUUGGCAAGCUUCGUGAAGAACGCCGUAACAUCCAACAUGAACUUGGAUACCUGAUGAUGAUGAAAGCUAAAUAUGGACCUGGAGGGGAGUUUGAUCCUGAGUGGAAACCGCCAAUGCCUGGUCCUGGUGGGCCUGAACCACCGCCACCGCCCGAGGCACCUCCCCCACCUCCUGAUGAACCUGGACCUACUCGUCCAGCAUGGCGCACACUCCACAACACGAGGCGCAUUCGUAAACCCCGUCGCGACCAACCACCGCCCCCUGAACCUGCUCCUGCACCUAUGAGGCAGCCUGUGCAUUCCUGGGUCACCUGGCAUCCAAACCCUGCGCAUGCACCUUCACCGCCGUCGAUUGAGCCUAACCUGAUUGUACCCGACCAGGGUAGCCCUGGUCUCUUUGGACCUCGCUCGCCACGCAGCUACCGGUAACGACGCAUUGCUUCAUCACAAAAUCAAGCCCAAGAAUCAUAUUCUACGCAUCAUAUCUUAUGACCAUCUUGACGAUAUCUAACGAGUAUCUUUGUCCUCUUAUAUGUAUCUUGCUCCUCCGUAUCUACUACUCACAUUUUCUUCUAUUUGUGUUCAUGCUCUGCUCUUGCUUAUGCUGCAUAUCUUAUGAUCUCAUCGUAUGGCUUCCUUGGAGCUGGACUCGCGUUCUAUUAAAUUUGCGAAUGGAUGCAUGCUUUUCACUUUCAAAC